AUGGUGCAAAUGGCCGUCCUAGCUGAGGGUUACACGUUCGAUGAUAUGACCGUCGAUAUGUCUAUGGAUGCUAUAAUAUUGAAAACGUAUGACUCUCUGACACCUUUUGAGAAAAUGCUACUCAAGUGCGGUUCAGUUUUAGGAGACGUGUUCUCACGGAGGAUGCUCCAUCAUCUGAUGCAGAGCGACUCCCCUAGGAAAGUAGCUCAAGCUGUAGCUAAAUUAUUACUGAUUCGCGUACUGGAGUGCGAAGGCGGUGACUUCACGAGGGACAUGUCGAUGGUGAUGGUGCAUCCGGCGCCCGCUCUGCCAGGCUCCAAACCGCCGUACUGCGCCUGCCUGGGCAUCCGACCACCACAUACGUCUAAACACAUUUUGUUCAUUCCCCCUGAUGACGAGGACCUGAUGAUGGACUGGAAGGUGGCUGGCUGAUGGACCCUGGACUGCCUGCUAG